AAUUCUAGAUUGGAAAAUCUCCCUCCAGAGAUCAGGAACGAGCUCCUUUCCACUCUGGAAAUCAACGAGCUCUGCAGCCUUGUCCACGCGUCCCCUGUGUUCUACAAGUCCUAUCGCCUAUAUCGCGACACCAUCAUCCGCAGAAGCCUAGCCCGGACGUUAGCAGACAUCAUACCUGACGCCGUAGCCGUCUCGGAGGCAGAUACCGACGUGUCUGAAGACGAAUUCCUGAGCCAUUAUAGAAGCAAUCGUGCUCGAGGUGCAGCAGUCAUUCUCGACAAGAACAUCUCCUUGGACCAGCUGAUCGGUAUAGCAGCCUUCUACAGGCGCACAAUUCAACCUCUAGUAGCAAAAUACACUCAUUGGGUCCAGGAGACCCUCCCCGAGGCCAGAACACCUUUGAGCCGAUCAGAAACAAUACGCGUCACCCGCGCAAUGUAUCGAUUCCAGCUAUACUGUUGGCUCUGGGGUCAAGGCCCAAGACGCCGUCGCUCAACCCCCAGGAUAACUCCACCCGAUGUGGUUCUCUACAAAUUCUUCUGCAAAUAUAAACCAUGGGAAGUUGAAGAGAUUCUAUGCAUUUGGUCCUUCGCCAGCCGUGUGUACAAUCGACUUCUCUCGGACCUCUAUUCUGAUUUGCAAUCAUCCGACCGCCACACCAGCGCCGAAAGCCGUCCCCGUAGGCGGGUUGCACGAUACAAUCUCGAUGACGAGUUCAAUCGGAGCCUACUUCUUGAUGGAACUCUAUCCGUUGGUCUCGAAUUGCUGCACACAGUCCUCUCUCAAAAGAAUCAUCAUGACGACCUCGUCCACACCGUACGGAUGAAUCUCCAAUGGCCAGUAAACGGCUCGUUUCAUGAACCCUUUUUCAAAGAAGGACCCAUCAGGCAUCGAUGGAUGAAUUAUCGCACUGAGGAGGAUCAAAUGCAGCGACGUCGCGACCCUCUUCCCUUCACAGGAGACGGUGAUGCCUCAGGGCCUCCGUUGGCCUGGACAAUGAUGUGGAAGGGGACGUAUAGCAACCUGUACGGCUGCCAUAUAUCCGAGGAACUGCGUCAAUGGGGAUAUAUCAUGUGGGACGCUGAGCGACUUCAGAAGCUCUACGGAGAUGAUGUCCUCCUGCGGCAGCGGGAAUCA